AUGCCUUCCGAGGGGACGACGACAGUGACGGACGUGGGGCACAGGCCGGAGCGAUGUAAAGGCCGCACCUGGACCGUGGUGAGCGCGCGGUCUCGUUCGUACCGACUUCCCCUCCUCCACCUCUCGCCCCUCGCGCGGCGCAUGGUGCGCGCGGGGCGGGAGCAGCAGUCCGCUUGGCUGCCUGCAUCUCCGCGCUCCACGAGUUUCAGCUUCCGCGACCACGCGCCACGCCACCGCCGCCCGCCUCAGAGGGUGCGCCACCGCCGCCCGCCUCAGAGGGUGCGCCACCGCAGCCCUCCACAGAAGGUGCACCACUGCUGCCCUCCACAGAGGGUGCGCCACCGCCGCCCUCCACAGAGGGUGCGCCACUGCUGCCCUCCACAGAGGGUGCGCCACCGCCGCCCGCCUCAGAGGGUGCGCCACCGCCGCCCUCCACAGAGGGUGCGCCACUGCUGCCCUCCACAGAGGGUGCGCCACUGCCGCCCUCCACAGAGGGUGCGCCACUGCUGCCCUCCACAGAGGGUGCGCCACUUCUGCCCUCCACAGAAGGUGCACCACUGCUGCCCUCCACAGAGGGUGCGCCACCGCCGCCCUCCACAGAGGGUGCGCCACUGCUGCCCUCCACAGAGGGUGCGCCACCGCCGCCCGCCUCAGAGGGUGCGCCACCGCCGCCCUCCACAGAGGGUGCGCCACUGCUGCCCUCCACAGAGGGUGCGCCACCGCCGCCCGCCUCAGAGGGUGCGCCACCGCCGCCCUCCACAGAAGGUGCACCACUGCUGCCCUCCACAGAGGGUGCGCCACCGCCGCCCUCCACAGAGGGUGCGCCACUGCUGCCCUCCACAGAGGGUGCGCCACCGCCGCCCGCCUCAGAGGGUGCGCCACCGCCGCCCUCCACAGAGGAGGGUGCGCCACUGCUGCCCUCCACAGAGGGUGCGCCACUUCUGCCCUCCACAGAGGGUGCGCCACUGCUGCCCUCCACAGAGGGUGCGCCACUGCUGCCCUCCACAGAGGGUGCGCCACUGCUGCUCUCCACAGAGGGUGCGCCACCGCCAUCCACCUCAGAGGGUGCGCCACGGCCGCCCUCCACAGAGGGUGCGCCACUGCUGCCCUCCACAGAGGAGGGUGCGCCACUGCCGCCCUCCACAGAGGGUGCACCACCGCUGCCCUCCACAGAGGGUGCGCCACCGCCGCCCGCCUCAGAGGGUGCGCCACCGCCGCCCUCCACAGAGGGUGCGCCACCGCCGCCCUCCACAGAGGGUGCGCCACUGCUGCCCUCCACAGAGGGUGCGCCACUGCCGCCCUCCACAGAGGGUGCGCCACUGCUGCCCUCCACAGAGGGUGGAGGCCUGGCUUUAUGGCCUUCGGAGGGACGACGACAUGGUGCACUAG